GUUUAGAUAACAGCUGAUCAUGUGAUUUUAACCUUUCGUAGCACACCAUGAUACUCAAAAUCGUGUUAAAUUCAAUCGCUCGAUCAAUCCUGGUGAUGUGGUUCUGGAUCAGUUCAUCACACGGAGAUGAAGAACCAAAAUCCAACGUCACCUAUCCCACCUACGGGACGCUAACCCACAUCGUGUUUGUCAGCAGUAAGGUAGGUCGUUGCAGCGGCACUCUGAUCAGCGUUAACUUCGUGCUGACCGUCGCCCAUUGUCUUGUGCAGAAGACAAGUUUCUGGGAGCCCACGAGGUUGGCAGGUGACAAGGAGGUGACGGUGACAGCCGGUAUUACAGCUCUCACAAGUGAGGAAGUGACCUACAAGCAGGUGCGCUACAGCAGCCAGAUCAUCAUUCACCCCAGAUACACAUAUGGAAGACUGGCUGAGCAUGACGCUGCCCUCAUUAAGGUUGAUAAAGCUUUUGAAUUUUCGGACACAGUCUUCAAAGCUGACUUGUGGAUGGAGCCGUGGCCUACCCAUGCAAUGGAUUGUCAAUCCUCAGGAUUUGGAUCCAUGGUGGAUCCCAAACACGCCCGCCUUCGCAUGUGGGACGUGGUGGCACUGCACGGAGAACAGUCCUGCCCUUGCACCAAGAGGUUCCAGUGGAAACGGCUGGUAUGCUCCGAGCCCAAAGAAAAUGUACCCCAACUCUGCCAAGGGGACGCUGGUAGCGCCCUCCUGUGCUCAAACAAAGCUGUCGCCAUUGCCCAUAUGACCCGAGAGCGGCGCACUUGCAGAUUCUUGGGAUACCCUGAAUGCAAAAUAUUACGCCCAAGCCUGAACAUUUACACCUACGUCUGUCCCCUUGGAGACUGGAUCAAGCAGUAUGUCCCGAACAUGCCAGAUACCCCGGACAGUUGCAAGGGAUACAUCUGUCUCACAAAUUCCUUUCUCCUGGCCACUAGUAUAAUCUUGAAUUUUUAUUUGACUGUGGAUAAUAGUUUUAACUUUACAUUAAAUGCCAUAUAAAUACAACAUAUUCAAAAAGCUAUUGUUGAUAGUUGAAUAUGGUUUGUAAAGUAACUGUACCCACAACCAAACUAAUCUUACAUUUGAGAUUAACCCAUUUCCGCACCCAUCUCACACUUUCCUCUGAGUUGGUAAGCUCGAGGCCUCCAACACCCUCGACGGUAAUCUCUGCCUGGAUUGCAAGAUGCCACUAAAUAUCCAACGUCAAUUAAUGAACCUCAUGUUCUACAUCUUUACAUAUAAUUGUGUGUGUGCUUUAUCAAACAUUAGGCAAUUAAGAACUUAACUUGUAUCAUAGUUAUGAAAUGCAAACGACUAUGGUUAUUAUUCAAUAGUACAAAAAUAAACUCUCCAAAGUUAUUUAAGCAUUUUGCUUUUCAGGAAUGCAUGCAUCAUCAUGUCUACUUAACUGGAAUAAAAGUG